AUGUCUCUCCUGAGCCAAAAGACUCACGGUGAAGAGAGCAUUAAGUUCACAAAAUGGUUGCUAUCUAUUCUAGGAGUAUGGCCCUUCGUAAAAAGACAAUCAACAACAAUCGAAAUUCGUCUAGCGAUCCUACUACAGCUAUUCUGUCACAUUUUACUCGCAUUCGUAAUAAUUCCCUCAGUGUUUCAUAUAUUUCUGCGCGAAGUCAAUCUCAACGUGCAAAUAGCACUGUUCGGACCCGUUGGAUUUGUGAUAACAAAUCUCUUGAAGUAUUCCGCGAUAAUUUAUCACCGCGACAGCAUUAGAAGGUGUAUCAACUACAUAGAUAGUGAUUGGCGAGCAAUCAGAGAUCAGGAUCACCGUGAUAUCAUGAUGGAGAACGUCUCAACAGCAAAGAACUUGACAAUCUUGUGCGCAUCAUUCAUGUACACCGGUGGAAUGAUGUAUCAUACCGUCAUGCCAUUUUUAUUGACAAAUCCAAUAGCUGCUGAUAGGAAUUCUUCAAAUCGACCAAUAGUCUAUCCAGGUUACGAUAUUGUUUUCAAUCCUUACGUCUCACCUGCGUACGAAAUGAUAUUCAUCUCUCAUUGCCUAGCUGCUAUGAUUAUUUACACAAUUACCACAGUCUCUUGCAAUUUGGCUGCGAGUUUCGUUACGCAUGCUUGUGGACAGAUUCAGAUUCUCAUAGCCAGGCUGCAUUAUCUGAUGGACAACGACGAAGACAAGAGUGAAAAAUAUUUGCAGAGGGAAAUUGGAGGCAUCAUUCGUUAUCAUGCGAGAAUCCUCAGAUUUACAGUAGAAAUUGAGAAGAUUCUCCGUGAAAUAUGUCUCGUCGAAGUCGUCGCGUCAACAUUAAUCAUCUGUUUGUUGGAGUACUACUGUCUGACGACGUGGAAUGAAAGCGAAACUAUUGGUAUAUGUACGUAUUUGAUACUGUUGAUCUCAUUGAGUUUCAAUAUCUUUAUCUUUUGCUUCAUCGGGGAACUUUUGCAGGAACAAGUAUUUACUGUUAAAUAUUACCCGUUUAUGUUAUUGCAGUUCAGCAAUGCGGGCACUUCGAUUUACAUGACCGAGUGGUACAGAUUACCACCGAAUUCCGUCCUCAUGUUGAUUCUGAUGAUUGCUAUAGCCCAAGUACCACGAAAAAUCACAGCUGGUGGUCUCAUUGACCUUUCACGCAACAGUUUUAUCACUGUAAUAAAAACGUCAUUGGUCUAUCUGAAUUUGUUGAGAACUGUCGAAGCUUGAGGACUUAUAGACGGACACUAUAUUUUCCUAUUUCUGGCGAGCCCUGGAGAUAAUUAUAUCACAAACAAUUUGAGAAAUCGAAAAAAAGUCUUUGAGAUUACUAUUUUUAUUUUAAUGCUGUCACGUGGAAAAAAUA